AAGCUAUAACUGCUGAAAAAGUUACAACAACUGAAAUAGAAAACUUACGAAUAGCAUACCCACCAAGAGUAAUUAAUAAUCAACCAGAAGAAUAUCCUACAAUUAAAAACAUAAUUACUUCAAGAAGGAAUACAACAAUUAAAGCACUUAAGAACAUUCGAAGGAAUAUUGAAUUCUUAUAUUUAUUCGAAUCAAUAUCUUUAAAUCUACGAGCAAUUCAAAGAACAUCUUUGAAAACAAAGAUACAAGCUUUAUUUCAAACCUUAGAUCUUACAAUAGAUCAUAUAUUACCAUUUGAAUUAGGAAUUGACAAUUUACUACUAGAAACUGAAGGAUUAAAUGAAAUUUUAGAAGGAAUAGUACUAUGA